AUGCUCCGCCAUCCAGUUCAGUCGGUUUUGCGUUUUACAGUUGAGUGUCCAUGCGAGAGAGCGAGGAUGCGGCGCCUGCUGCUUGUGUUGACGGCGCUCGCCGUCGUCGUCCCCCCGGGACGGGGGCUGCGGCUGCACAAGUGUUGUCCCGCCGGACAGUACCUGCAGGACGACUCGACCUGCAAACCGGACUUGUACCAGGACGACUGGAUUCCGCAGAUCUUCGCCGUCGGCCCCAACGGCGGCUUCAUGAACAAGUCUCCGGACGACGUCCAAGUCAAGCCGAACCGGCGCCCCGUGUGCUCGGACGGCGUCCCGCCCGUGCAGCACACGUCCAGCCUUGACUACCCGCAGUUCGUUUUACUCGAGAACAAUGAGGUGUUGUCGCUGUCCCUGCUGAACCACGAGUCGGACGAGCCGCCCAUUUUCGCGCCGGACGACUUCUGCGUGGACAGGCAGACGGCGCUGGUGUGCGGCGCCCCUGCCAGGGUGGAUGGCGUCCGCAAGUGCUGCGGCAAGAACGCCGCCUACUCGGAGGAGGAGGCCGCCUGCGUCCACACGACGCGCUUCGGUUCGGACGACGCCCUCAACUCGGUGGCCACCGCCACCGGCUUCCCGGUGUGUCACGCCAAGAGCACCUACGUCCUCGCCGGCGAACUCGAGGGCUCCGUCGCCGACCAGUUAAACGGGACGGCGCUGCAAUUGGCGCCGCCGCCGGCCAGGCCGCUGCUGGCCGCCGAUUAUUGUCUCGAGAGGGUCCUCGAGCGUCCGAGCCUUGUGUCCGUGCUCACGUGCGCCGGAGAGACGCUGGUGCCUGACAUACGGCCGCUGGACGACGUCCACGAGGGCGACAUCAGACUGACCCUGUACCCGGCCGGACUGGCCAUCUCGGCCUUCUUCUUGGCCGCCACCCUGGCCACCAGCUUCCUCCUGCCCAAGGCGCACCACGCUCUGCACUGGCGCUGCCAGACGUGUCACGUCGCCUGUCUCCUCGUCGCCGACGUCCUGCUCGCCGUCGUCCAGUUCUCCGGACGCUCCAUUUCCGAGAGGGCGCCUGAGGCUUGCACUAUAAUGGCCGUGCUGAUGCAUUUCUUCUUCUUGGCCGCCUUUUUCUGGCUCAACGCGAUGUGCUUCAACAUUUGGUGGACGUUCAGGGACCUGCGGCCUGUGAGCACAGAUCCUGGUCAAGAGCGGUUCAGGUACCGCGCCUUCUCACUUUACGCAUGGGGCUUUCCUCUUGUGAUCACCUGUGCCGCUCUCACGCUGGACUUGCUGCCCGUCGACGAGGACAUGGCCAAGACCCUUCUCAGACCCAGAUUCGGCGAAAAACGAUGCUGGUUCUAUGGUGACCUGGACAUAUUUGCCUUUUUCUACGGACCCGUGGGCGUUCUGCUUCUGCUGAACUUUGUGCUUUUUGCUGCAACAACCCGCGAGCUGACCUGCGGAUUGUGGCGCCGUGAGGGCGUCAAGACUGGCGGCGGAUCGCACAGUUCCACUGAAAGAACAACGCUGGGCAAUGUGUGCCUUAAGUUGGUUGUGGUGAUGGGGGUGACCUGGUUGGCCGACAUCGUCUCCUGGUUUGUGGGUGGACCCUCGUACCUCUGGUACAUCACUGACCUGAUCAACGCGCUACAAGGGGUGUUCAUCUUCAUCGUGGUCGGAUGCCAGCCUCAGGUGUGGGCAGCCGUCAAGCGGAUGUGGUGGUGCGGCCGUCGGCAGAAUCAACCUCAGGCCGCCGCCAACCCCAUGUCCCAAACCUCUCAGGGUCCUCCUUCGACAACGGCCGCCGACACCACCAGCAGUCCCAUCUCCAAAGCCAACGGUGACCAUGUGCCUCUUGAGACGACCUGUUAGCCUCCGAGAAGAAGCUUCACAGUGCCAAACAGUUAAAAACUUGAGAUUAUCAACGAGGAGUAAUGUUUAGUUUUUGAGAAGACUGACGAUGUCUAACGAUGCAGUAUUUUUCUGUGAAAUGAGUUUUGAUUUGUAUUUGACUGUAAAUACACACUUUGCAUGAAGUCUAAAAUCUGCGUGACAAAAUAAAUGUAUUUAAUAAUAAUUUUACACUACAGGCAUGUGUGAACAAAUGUAAGAUAAUGAAAUAAGGUUCCUCUGUAGGUAUUUAUGAACAUAAUUUGUAGCACUAGAGCACACAUUUGCUUUCUACAGGUAAUUUAUUUGCCACUGCUAAAGGCCAAUAAAGCUAUUUUUGUAUCACAAAGAAAUCUCCCUCCCGUACAAAAAAUAUUUUUGUAAUAAAAUUUGACGUUGUAAUGAGUAAUGGUUUUAUAAUUCAUGAUGAUUAAAUAAACGAAAUAAAAACAGGAAGCUGA